AUGAGGCCGCCGCCCGCCGCCCGCUGCCCGGGGCGCCACCUGCGGAACCUCUGGAGGGGCUUCCUGCCGCUCACCCUGGCUCUCUUCGUGGGCAUAGGUCACGCCCAGAGGGACCCCGUGGGGAGAUACGAGCCAGCUGGCAGAGACGCGAGUCGGCUGCGGCGCCCUGGGGGCAGUCACCCCACCGCGACGGCGGCCAAGGUGUACGGUCUGUUCCGGGAGCAGGACGCGCGAGUCCCGGGCUUGCCGCCCGUGGAGCGGACCCGGCCCGGCUGGGGGAGCCUCAGGAGGCCCGCCGAGGCGGAGGCCAGGAGGCCUCCCCGCGCGCAGCAGCCGCGCCGAGUCCAGCCACCUGCGCAGACCCGGAGAAGCACUCCCCUAGGCCAGCAGCAGCCCGCACCCCGGGCCCGGGCCGCGCCGGCUCUCCCGCGCCUCGGGACUCCGCAGCGGCCCGGGGCUGCACCGCGAGGGCGACUCACGGGGAGGAAUGUCUGCGGGGGACAGUGCUGCCCAGGAUGGACGACAGCAAACAGCACCAACCACUGUAUCAAACCUGUGUGCCAGCCACCGUGCCAGAACCGGGGAUCCUGCAGCCGGCCCCAGCUUUGUGUCUGCCGCUCUGGCUUUCGUGGAGCCCGCUGCGAGGAGGUCAUUCCUGAGGACGAGUUCGACCCCCAAAACUCCAGGCUGGCAUCCCGACGCUGGGCCGAGGGUUCACCCAACCUACGCAGAAGCAGCUCGGCCAGAGAAAGCCCCAUGGCCAGAACACAGCCACCAGCACCACAGCUGCCUCCAGCCGGGCAGUCCUCUCCAGCUGGGACCCUGAGUGGGCUCAGCCAGACCCACCCCUCCCAGCAGCACAUGGGGCUGUCCCGGACUGUCCGCCUUUACCCAGCUGCUGCUGCCAAUGGCCAGCUGACAUCCAAUGCCCUGCCCACCGGACCAGGCCUGGAGCAGAGAGAUGGCACCCAGCAGGCAGCACAGCUGGGCCACCUCUCAUCCCCCUGGGGGCUGAACCUCACGGAGAAGAUCAAGAAGAUCAAGAUCGUCUUCACUCCCACCAUCUGCAAGCAGACCUGUGCCCGCGGGCACUGUGCCAACAGCUGUGAGCGUGGUGAUACCACCACCCUCUAUAGCCAGGGCGGUCACGGGCAUGACCCCAAGUCUGGCUUCCGCAUCUAUUUCUGCCAGAUCCCCUGCCUGAACGGAGGCCGCUGCAUUGGCAGGGACGAGUGCUGGUGCCCUGCCAACUCCACUGGGAAGUUCUGCCACCUGCCUGCUCCACAGCCAGACAGGGAACCUCCAGGGAGGAGUUCCCGCCACAGGGCCCCGGUGGAGAGCCCCUUGAAGCAGUCCACCUUCACAUUGCCUCUCUCCAACCAGCUUGCCUCCGGGAAUCCCUCCCUGGUGAAAGUGCACAUUCACCACCCACCUGAGGCCUCCGUGCAGAUCCACCAGGUGGCUCGGGUGCGGGGCGAGGUGGAGGAGGCCCUGGAGCAGAACAGCGUGGAGACCAGACCCCGGUCCCGGCUCCCUGCCAGCCCCGGCCACAGCCACUGGGACAGCAACAGCAUCCCUGCUCGGUCUGGAGAGCCCCCUCGGCCACCACCUCAGAUGGCACCAAAGCCUCGGGCACUGCUGGGCCGGUGUUACCUGAACACUGUGAAUGGACAGUGUGCUAACCCUCUGCUGGAGCUGACUGCCCAAGAGGACUGCUGCGGCAGCGUGGGAGCUUUCUGGGGGGUGACCUCGUGUGCCCCAUGCCCACCCAGACCAGGCUCCCCAGUGAUUGAAAAUGGCCAGCUGGAGUGUCCCCAGGGGUACAAGAGACUGAACCUCACUCACUGCCAAGAUAUCAAUGAGUGCCUAACCUUGGGCCUGUGCAAGGAUUCGGAGUGUGUGAACACCAGGGGCAGCUACCGGUGUACAUGCAGACCUGGCCUCAUGCUGGAUCCAUCGCGGAGCCGCUGUGUGUCGGACAAAGCCAUCUCCAUGCAGCAGGGGCUGUGCUACCGGUCGCUGGGGCCUGGCACCUGCACCCUGCCUUUGGCCCAGCGCAUCACCAAGCAGAUAUGCUGCUGCAGCCGUGUGGGCAAAGCAUGGGGCAGCAAGUGUGAGAAAUGCCCCCUGCCCGGCACAGAGGCCUUCAGGGAGAUCUGUCCUGCCGGCCAUGGCUACACCUACUCAAGCUCAGACAUCCGCCUGUCCGUGAGGAAAGCCGAGGAGGAGGAACUGGCCAGGCCUUUGAGGGAGCAGUGGCAGAUGAGCAGUGAGGCCCUGCCUGGGCCAGCAGAGAGGCAGCCGCUCCGGGCAGCCACGGACACCUGGCUCGAGGCCGGGACCAUCCCUGACAAGGGUGACUCUCAGGCUGGCCAGGUCACGACCAGUGUUGCCCAUGUCCCUGCCGGGGUCUCAGGAAGACCAACGCCACCACUGCCUGGUCAGAGGAUUCCAGAGAUCCAGGAAGAAGAGCAAGUGACCCCUUCCACCGAUGUGCUGGUGACCCUGGGCUCCCCAGGAAUUGAUAGAUGUGCUGCUGGAGCCACCAACAUCUGUGGCCCUGGAACCUGCGUGAACCUCCCAGAAGGAUACAAAUGUGUCUGCAGCCCCGGCUACCGGCUGCACCCCAGCCAAGCCUACUGCACAGACGACAACGAGUGUCUGAGGGACCCCUGCGCGGGAAGAGGGCGCUGUGUCAACCAUGUGGGCUCCUACUCCUGCUUCUGCUACCCUGGCUACACACUGGCCACCUCAGGGGCCACACAGGAGUGCCAAGAUAUAGACGAGUGUCAGCAGCCAGAUGUGUGCAGCGGGGGGCAAUGCACUAAUACUGAGGGUUCGUACCAUUGCGAGUGUGAUCAGGGCUACAUCCUGGUCAGCAAAGGACACUGCCAAGAUAUCAAUGAAUGCCAUCAUCCUGGUACCUGCCCUGAUGGGAGAUGCAUCAACUCCCCUGGCUCCUACACUUGCGUGGCCUGUGAGGAGGGUUACCGAGGCCAGAGCGGGAACUGUGUGGAUGUGAAUGAGUGUCUGACCCCAGGGGUCUGUGCCCAUGGAAAGUGCAUCAACCUGGAAGGCUCCUUUAGAUGCUCUUGUGAGCAGGGCUAUGAGGUCACUUUAGAUGAGAAAGGCUGCCAAGAUGUGGACGAGUGUGCCAGCCGGGCCUCGUGCCCCACAGGCCUCUGUCUCAACACCGAGGGCUCCUUCACUUGCUCGGCCUGUGAGAGCGGGUACUGGGUGAAUGAAAACGGCACUGCCUGUGAAGACCUGGAUGAGUGUGCCUUUCCGGGAGUCUGCCCCUCAGGAGUCUGCACCAACACUGUCGGCUCCUUCUCCUGCAAGGACUGUGAUGGGGGCUACCGGCCCAGCCCCCUGGGCCACACCUGUGAAGAUGUGGAUGAAUGUGAAGACCCUCAGAGCAGCUGCCUGGGAGGCGAGUGCAAGAACAUGGCAGGCUCCUACCAGUGCCUCUGUCCCCAGGGCUUCCAGCUGGCCAACGGCACUGUGUGUGAGGACGUGGACGAGUGCCUGGGGGAGGAGUACUGUGCACCCCGCGGCGAGUGUCUCAACAGCCAAGGGUCCUUCUUCUGUCUCUGCGCACCGGGCUUUGCCAGCACAGAGGGAGGCACCAGCUGUGAGGAUGUAGAUGAGUGUGCAGCCACAGACCGGUGUCUGAGAGGGCAAUGUGUCAACACUGACGGCUCCUUCAACUGCCAGUGUGAGACUGGCUUCCAGCCCUCCCCAGAGAGCGGGGAGUGUGUGGAUAUCAAUGAGUGUGAGGACCACGGAGACCCGGUGUGUGGAGCCUGGCGGUGUGAGAACAGCCCUGGCUCCUUUCGAUGUGUCACAGGCUGCCAGACCGGCUUCCACAUGGCCCCUACUGGAGACUGCAUUGACAUAGAUGAGUGUGCCAACGACACCAUGUGUGGGAGCCACGGCUUCUGUGACAACACCGACGGCUCCUUCCGCUGCCUCUGUGACCAGGGCUUCGAGACCUCGCCCUCAGGCUGGGACUGUAUUGAUGUGAACGAGUGUGAGCUCAUGCUGGCAGUGUGUGGGGCUGCACUCUGUGAGAAUGUGGAGGGCUCCUUCCUGUGCCUCUGUGCCAGUGACCAUGAGGAGUACGACACGCAAGAGGGGCACUGCCGCCCACGGGUGGCUGGAGGUCAGAGUAUAACUGAGGCUCCAACAGGGGGCCAUCCCCCAGGCCCAAUCCGCAUGCAGUGCUACUCUGGGCAGAAUGGCUACCCACCCUGCUCCAACAUCCUGGGCCAGAACACCACGCAGGCUGAGUGCUGCUGCACCCAGGGCACCAGCUGGGGAGAUGCCUGUGACCUCUGCCCAUCUGAGGACUCAGUUGAAUUCAGUGAGAUCUGCCCCGGUGGUAAAGGCUACAUCCCUGUGGAAGAAGCUUGGAUGUUUGGACAGACCAUGUACACAGAUGCCGAUGAAUGUCUGAUGUUUGGGCCUGGUCUCUGCCCCAACGGCCGGUGUCUCAACACGGUGCCUGGGUACAUCUGCCUGUGCAAUCCUGGCUACCACUAUGAUGCCUCCCUCAAGAGGUGUGAGGAUCACGAUGAGUGCCAGGAUAUGGCCUGUGAGAAUGGCGAGUGUGUGAACACAGAGGGCUCCUUCCACUGCUUCUGCAGCCCACCCCUCACCCUGGACCUCAGCCAGCAGCGCUGCAUGAACAGCACCAGCAGCAUGGAGGACCUCCCUGACCAUGACAUCCACAUGGACAUCUGUUGGAAAAAAGUCACCAAUGAUGUGUGCAGCCAACCCCUGCGUGGACAUCGCACCACCUACACAGAAUGCUGCUGCCAGGACGGCGAGGCCUGGAGCCAGCAGUGUGCUCUGUGCCCCCCCAGGAGCACUGAGGUCUACGCUCAGUUGUGCAACGUGGCCCGGAUCGAGGCGGAGCGGGAGGCCGGGAUCCACUUCCGGCCAGGCUACGAGUAUGGCCCUGGCCCCGACGACCUGCACUACAGCCUCUAUGGUCCAGAUGGGGCCCCCUUCUACAACUACCUAGGCCCUGAGGACACUGUCCCUGAACCCCCUUUCUCCAACACGGCCAGCCACCUUGGGGACCACACCCUGAUCCUUGAAUCUCCUCUGCAGCCCUCAGAACUCCAGCCCCGCUACAUGGCCAGCCAUCCAGAGACCCAUGCUGGCUUCGAAGGGCUUCAGGCAGAGGAGUGCGGCAUCCUGAAUGGCUGUGAGAACGGCCGCUGUGUGCGCGUGCAGGAGGGCUACACCUGUGACUGCUUUGAGGGCUUCCAGCUGGAUGCGGCCCACAUGGCCUGUGUGGAUGUGAAUGAGUGUGAUGACUUGAACGGGCCUGCUACACUCUGUGCCCAUGGUCACUGCGAGAACACAGAGGGCUCCUACCGCUGCCACUGCUCCCCAGGUUACGUGGCUGAGGCAGGCCCCCCACACUGUGCUGCCAAGGAGUAGCAGUGAGGGGUCAGUGUGGGCAGCUAUCUGGAAAUG